CUUUGUUAACUGCCCGGCCACCCCCUGUUUCCCCGGCUUCACUCCUGCUACUGCCUUUGAAUUGCAUUCUGCGCCUCAGCAGCCCGAAACGCCCUCGAAAGCCGCCGCCCACUCUUUGCGCAUCAAAUCUCACUCAGCCACACCAGGGGUCCUCCCCUUCCGUGGUAUACAUUGGCAGAGUCCUCGGGCAUUAAACUUUCAGAAAACAUCAUCAUGAAGUCUUCGUUGUUACUCUCGGUAACUUUAGCGUCAGCUACGGCGGCAUUAGAGUUCGUCCCGCGAGAGAAUCCCAAAGUAAUCCUACUCGAUACCCAGCGCCGCAAUGUCGUCAAUCCAAUUGCGCACGACCGGUUACGAAGACGGCAAAAUACUGUCCAAGAGACGCUCGACAACCUCGAAACGCUCUACUUCGCAAAUGCAAGUUUAGGCACCCCACCGCAGAACUUCCGACUACAUAUCGAUACCGGUAGCAGCGAUCUUUGGGUCAACGCGGUCAACUCAAAUCUCUGUAUGCAAGGCGGGAACCAGUGCGGAGAGUCGGGCACGUACAACGCAAACGAAUCGUCUACAUAUAAAUAUGUCAAUGGUGUCUUUAACAUUUCCUACGUAGACGGAUCGGGCGCAUCGGGAGAUUAUGCUACAGACACAUUUCGUUUCGGAGGCAAGACAUUGAAGGACCUGCAAUUUGGUAUUGGCUAUGUAUCGAGCUCGACAGAAGGCAUUCUUGGUAUCGGAUAUCCUAUCAACGAGGUUGCCGUGGGCCGCGCUGGCCUGGACCCUUACCCCAACUUGCCUGCAAAGCUCCGAGAUGACGGCGAAAUCAAUACCAUGGCUUAUUCGCUGUGGCUGAACGACUUGGACGCCUCAACUGGAAGCAUUCUGUUUGGUGGUGUGGAUAGCGAAAAAUUCGAUGGCCAACUACAGACGCUGCCCAUCAUUCCCGAACGGGGCCAGUUUGCCGAGUUUGUCAUUGCUUUGACCGGAAUGGGGGAGAACGGCAAUGAUGGUUCUCUUUUUAAGGACGAAAAUGUGCCUGUCCUUCUCGACUCUGGCUCGUCCUUGAUGUACCUACCUGAUCAGGUUGCCAAUGCGCUGUACCAAACCUACAACGCCCAGUACGACUCCUCGCAAGGUGCUGCCUUUGUCAAUUGCGAUCUGGCAAACAGGCAAGGCUCGGUUGACUUUAAUUUCUCCGGCGUCAAGAUCUCCGUUCCGCUCAACGAACUCGUUGUCCUUGCCGCCGUCAGCCGUGGGCGGCCCAUCUGUAUUUUUGGAGUUGGCCCAUCUGGCGAUUCCCUAGCGGUCCUUGGAGACACUUUCCUACGGUCCGCAUACGUUGUCUACGAUCUCGAGAACAACGAAAUCUCCAUCGCACAAACAAAAUUCAAUGCGACCGCAUCAAACGUGCAGGAAAUUAAAAAGGGCGUUGAUGGCGUUCCCAACGCUGAGGAUGUUCCUAAUGCGGUAUCCACGGCUGCAAUUGGCACUGGUGGACCUAGGGUUGAUGGCCCCAGCAUCACCGGUACAGUUUUCCAGUCUCCUAGUGGUGCUGCCCCACCAGCUGCAACCGCAAACCCAUGGAUCAGCGGUGCUGCCAUCGCCGGUGCAGGUAUCAUGAUGGGCUUCAAUGGCUUCUAAGCCUGCCAUUCUGCACCCAUUUCCUAUUCUUGUUUUGCUUAAUAUCUUUUUGGUUGUACAACAAAGUCAUUCGUUGCAUAUGCAUUAGAUGCGUCAUUGCAGAUGGAAAAGGGCGUUACUGCAUUUCUGCGUUUUGGGUUGUAAAGGAAAGGCUAGCAUAUAUCCCCCCACCUUGGUUUGUGCAUUGUUUUAAAGCGAGUGUCGACCUGCUUGGACGGGUUGCAUGUAGAUACGAUUAUGAAUGUGACGAUUGUUUUGGUUUUAUGUAUGC